CUCCAGCCCCUGCCUCUUCCACUCCGGCCGCCGCCGCCUCCUCCCCGACAUCCUUGGUAAGCACCUUGAACGCCCCCGUUCCACUGAACCCCACCAGCUCCGCUCCUGAUUCGCGCACCAUCACGUGCGUGCAUGCAGCCGCCAAGAUGGAGCUCCCGCCACCGCCGCUCAUCUCCACGCUCAACGGCUCAGCGGCCGCGGCCGCGAUGGGCGUCAACUUCGGCGGCGAGGAGGGCGAGAGCGGCGGAGCCGGGGUGUUCCGCAUGGGCGCCGUCGGGCAGCAGCUGCGGCUGGCCGCCGAGACGCUGCAGCUGCUGCGCCUCGAGGCCGCCACGCCGGGCGAGGCGUCCGCGGCCGCGGCCGGCGCCGUCUUCGUGGUGUCCUUCGGCGCCGACGCGUACGCGCGGCUGCUCGCGCGCGGGUCCGAGGCGGACGCGUCGGCGCCCAAGCACGGCCGCCGCGGCUUCGCCCGCCUCCUGGCCGGCCGCGUGGCGCGCGCGGUGCAGGAGCUGUACGAGGCGGACGUGAGGAGGGUGGCGGUGCUGGGGGUGCCGCCGCUGGGGUGCGCGCCGCGGGUGAUGUGGGACGGGCUGCACCUCGUGGACGGCCGCGGGUGCGUGGAGGAGGCUAACGAGCUCGUCCAGGGGUACAACGCCAGGGUGGAGGCGCAGCUGGACGCGCUCCGGCCGGAGCUGCCCGGCGCCGACAUCGUCUUCUGCGACGUCUACAAGGGGGUCAUGGAGAUGAUCACCAAUCCGGCCGCAUAUGGUAACAUUACUUUUACUAACCGAAAUUAUCUGUUUUGUAUGUGAUCACCAAUGUGAGUCGACGUUUGCCGCA